CCAUCCUCCUUGACAUUCCGACACUUUUUUCUGCUCUGCAUGAAUGGGGAGAGCUCUUCGACGUCCGCGUCGGGCAUACGGACGGUUCUGAAAUACACCGGUAUCCCGCCCUCAUGGCUCGACAAACGCCCCAAACUUCCCUCACGGAAUUGGCUCAUCUUUCUCUCCGUGACAUCCUCCAUCGUGGGACUGUACGUCUACGACCGGAAACAGUGCGAAGUCAUCCGCCAGGAGUACGUGGACAGAGUGAAGCAUCUCGCUGACGAGACGAAGAGCUCGCUUGCGUACCCACGGAAGGUGGUUGUGUACGGCGCCAAGUGGCCUGGAGACGAAGACCACGACCAGACGCUGAAGUACUUCCGCAAGUAUGUCAAGCCCAUUCUUGUCGCUGCCGCUGUGGACUAUGAGAUGAUCGGAGGCAAACGCCAAGGCGAUAUAGCUGACCGUGUAGCGGAGGAUAUCAAAGCGCGACGACGGCUGGAAGCAGGAAUCGAUACCGAGCCCGAAGUCAACAAACAGCUCCCUGCGUAUCGGACCCCCGUACAGGCGCGUCAAGAUGCGCUGGAGGGCGGGAUCAUGCUCAUUGGACGACCGACGUUCAAAGAGUUCAUGGCCGGACUCAAACGCGGCUGGACGGAACCCAUGGCUAAAGUGGAUCCGGAUGAGGCGCUCGCCAAUGAUUUCGCGGAGGACGGGACGUUCGAUGACGAUUUUGAUGGGGAUGUGGCUGUUGGCCUCGAGGAGAACAGCACCCCUCCGCCUGCUGAACGAGUUCUCAAGCCCCCUCCAUUCCCAUCCUUCUCGGAGCCCGAAAACGCUCCAUUCGCAUCUCUUCCCGAUGUGCCACCCGUGCCGCCUCUCAUUGUGGUACCCUUCGUCGACAGACUCGGGUUCUUCAAUAUCCCCAUGAUGAUCUGGGACUGGUUCAACCUCCGGCAUGACGUACGCAACGGUGCACAGGCCGCCUAUCGACUCAUCCAGGGCAACACGCGUCCUUUCAACGCGCCUCCCGCCGAAACUGUCCGUUUCGCGGAUAUCACCUCCGUGUCGGAGGGCGCGACCUCAGACCUCGACUUCGACCGCGCUUCCGAGAGCCAUCUCAAGUCCUCACUGGCUAAAAUCCCAGCUGAGACGGAAAAGAACCGAGAAAAGUACUACUCUGAGCUCAAGACCAAGCUGGCCACCGCGAGGGCGCUGGCUCGCGGGACCCGGGAACCCACUAAAGAAGAGGUCUCGAAUCCACCACCGACGGAAGUCGAAUUGCGAGACGAAAGACUCAAAAAGGAGAAGAGAUGGCGAGGAGAUGUUCGUGGCUGGCUUGUCGUAGCGCCUUCGACGCCGGUGGCAUGGGAUGAGAGAUUCCGGGGACUGCUCAAAGUCUACGCUGACAAAGAUGAAGAGUAA